AUGAUGCCAUUACUGACGCCCCUGAAGGGCUUCGUGGGGGUUUACCGAGUAUUCAUCAAAUCCGGGUUGCGUCUCCCUGCUUUUGAUUUCCUUGAAAGUGUUCUAGACUAUUAUGGUUUGCACAUCGCCCAAAUAACCCCUGAUGGUUUUCGAAAGAUUCUUUGCUUCACCCUGCUGUGCAUCGCUCUGGAUGUGUCAUCGACCAUCAAUCUGUUUUGUCACUUCUAUAUUCCUAUGUCCAAUGGAGAUUGGGUUUCCUUCUCUCUUCUUCAUGGUUUAGUGGAGAUUUGUGACGGUCUUUCAACCUCUAUCAAAUACUAG